AUGGAUGAUCUUCCUUCAAUUUUACAGGGUGUAGACACUUUGCUCCUUUUAGGAGUAAAUGUUUCUGAGGAGGUGGAUGUUGAAGAAGCAAGGGGAACAUUAAGGCGAUUAUUUCUACAAAAAGCUAAAAAGUUUCAUCCAGACAAGCAGAAAAAGAUCACAGUUAAAAAUGAAGCGGUCAAUCUAGAGUUUGUCAAGCUGAAAGCGGCGUUUGACUAUCUACAGACCGGUUCUAACUUCAAAAUUUUGUAUACUCAAUCAUUAAAUGAAAUCAUAGCAAAAAAAAGAAGAUCCGAGCGUUCUAAGGAGAUUGCUAGUAAACAGGCAACAUAUUUGGAUGCUCUUCUCAAGAGGGAACGGGAUGUGUUGGAUAGAAAAGCACAUUCGAAUAUUAAACACGAUGGUGAUACUUCAAAGAAGAGAAAGGAAUACCAACACUAUUCCAGUGAAUUUUUUGCUGACAGUACCAAAAAGAAUGAUCACGGUUCUGUCGAGCUAGUCAUCGCUGCCAAAACAAUGCAGAUCGCGAGAAACUCAGAAGUGAAUUGCUUGUUAUUGAGUGAUCACUUUCCUAUACUAUUUGAAAACUAUGGUUUGGUAAGCGUCGAACCAUUAGAUGCGAUAGAAACGGAAGAUAGAAAUGUCCGAAUCGGGAAAAUAGUAUUUGAAUCGCAUGAACAAGCCAUUAGAGCUCUGUUAUAUUAUAGAGCAAAUAAACAAAAGUUUCGCUGUGAUUUAUAUGCUCUUGCUUUCAGUGCAAAAAAUAAGAGUGACGGUGAUAGCACCCCGAAAGAGAUUUCCCUAGAUGACAUGGAGGCCUCAAUACUUUCAAAGUUCAAGCAGGUUGGUGAUUCUGGUUUAAGCUAUACGAAUAAUAUUAUAGACUUUGUAAAGAUAAAUAAUUAG